AUCGUCCAAUCAAAACACACCACGUAGCAAUAAAUUUCUAUUUUGGGAAGCAAUGAUAGGCAGUUAAUUUAUCCGUUUAUUUAAGUUGCCAACAAACACAAAAUUGUCGUCGGAAAAAAAGUUGGAAAGUAUGAGUGGCGGCAAUCGGAGCCAAAGACAGCGACUUUAUCCAUUCGGAGAGUCGUCGGUUUCAGAAGAUUCUGGAAUCUACGAUGAAAGGAUUCUAAUCCUCGUAUUUAGGUCUAUUAAUUGGGAUAUCCGUACACUCUGUCAAACGGCGUCAGUUAACAAAAAACUCCGUGCAUUAGCAAGAAGGAUUCUAUGGAGAGAGCUUUGUGUUUAUCGCGCUCCGCAAAUGAUAACGGCGUUAACUAACGGCUCACCAAGCGGUAGAAUUGCUGGCGGAUGGCAAGCCAUGGCAAAAUUGAUGUUUUUCUGUAACGGAUGUCAAUCGACCCGACAUUUCCAAGUGGGUCAACCCGCACCGGGUCAUUUCGUGAAGACUUCUCGUUUUUCGAAGACUUCGGGUCGGAGUUUUUUAGUGAAGAAAUGUAGGAGUGAUUUGCUGUAUGUGAGUGAUCCGUGUGAGCAUCCAACUGGAGAUGAUGAUUUAGGGUUAUUUAGAGGGGUAUUUUGGGGAUUUAUGAAGAGUAGAACAAGGGCGUGUUUGAUUAGAAGAAGAGUUGAGCUUGAAGAAGGAGGGAAAUGUCCGUUUUGUGGAGCUAGGGUUUGGAGUAUGACGGCGGCUAAGCUUAUACCUAAAAGUGCGGCGCGGCGGCUUGGUUCAAUGGAAAGUGGGGUAGAGUAUUUUGUGUGUGUUAAUGGGCAUUUAUAUGGGGCUUGUUGGCUUGUUCCUUUAUCGUCCGAUGAAGAUGAAGAAAAAAUCGACGGUGAUGAUGAAGAAGAAGAAGAAGAUAGCAGUGAGGAAGCUUAUUUUAAUGGUGGUAAUCAGGUAGUGAUAAAUGGGUCUUUAAAUGGUUUGAAUACGGGCUUAAUUCUUGAGAGAGAAAGAGUAGAGAGGAGGGAAAUUUUGUAGCUUUAGCCUGUUGUUUGUUAACUUGAGAAUAUGAAAUGAAUAAAUUUUGUAGUUUA